UAUACACUCUUGAUAACGGAAGAUUAGGAGAAAACGGAAUAAACCGGAUGUGUCGAGUACCGUAGUCCGCGCUGUAACGUAGUGGUCUUGGUGACAGCACCUCCGUGAUUAUUACCUAUGUAAAAAAGGUUGAGGUUCUGAUAUCUUCUUCACGCCAAAAAUAAUGUCAUUGUCACUACGUCACGGACAGGGAGUCGGCGCCGCGUCUCGCACAUCUUCCCCAGGGCAUCGGCGUUGCCACGCGAGCUUACCGCAGCGCAGCCCUAGCGCCAGCUCUGGUCAGGUGCUGGCAGUAACAUGUUGAACCAUGUUUCUUUCCGGUGAUCCGCGUCUACUUGAGAAGUCGGUCCAGAGACGAGGACGCCGCGGAGGCGCUGGCUAGCCCAGAAGGUUCGUCUUGUUGUCCUCUGCUAGCGGCAAGAACUGAGCAGUACCUCGGCCAGAUCAUCAGCAAGGCAGGGUCACCGAAAGUACAGAAGCAAAAACCACGGCCAUGUACAACAAUUUCACUGCGUUUGCGCACGACAAUUUGUUCGUGGUCGGACAGGACAAGAAGGACAAGAAACACAAUAUCGCUCGUCCUGGUGUUACAAUCUCAACUGUUACAAUUUCAUUUUUUCAACUGUUACAAUCUCAACUGUUACAAUUUCAUUGUGGAAAAUCUGCUUUUAACCGCCCAUUCUGCAGCAAGACAAAACGAAGAUUUUCAUUGUAACAGUCGGGGUGUACUAGCACCUGAGCGCACUAUACACAAGACCAUCUGUUUAUCGAGGAAAAAAAUCAUGUGAGUGUAACUUUUUUGGGCUGAUGGCAUGACUUGACAGAUCUCUUCUACAUGACAGAGAAAACCAGUAAUGCGUGGCUAGUACGUGACAACGUAUGACGUGAAUAGAGGCUCUUUUCGAGGGUGUUUGGCAUGGUAAGCGAUAGUUGUUUUAAGUACAUAGUUCUGCAUCACAGACCUACACCCACACAGCUUUUUUCUUGCAUACGGCUGCUGGAACGUGCCGGAGAAACCGUUCCGCGAGUACCUCACCAAGAAAAGCGAGUUAUCCAUCUGAAAAACCUACUCACCCCACGUUUGUCAUGCACUUUUGCAUUCCAUUUCCAGGCGGAUGUCUCAUGCGGCAUUGUUUUUGUCGUGCGGAGGCCGCAAAGGUUCUGGAUUUGUCUACCAGAUUCCCAACCUAUACUUAACAUGGGGUGACGAGUACUACGUUUUUCCUGAGGAUGCGAGUACGGGGGCGGCAGCAACAUUUACUGCAAGGGGUUCUGCGUGACCGGCCCGAAAUGGUUCCCCUUCCUGCGAACCUUCUCCCUGUCCGCGCUCCCGCUCGCCUUCUACCUCUACUUUCUUGUCCCCAGUUACCUGCUCGCAGAUGACCGUUACCUUCCCGAUGAGGGUCCCACUUCCCCGGUCUACGUAGCAAAGUGAAAAAUAAUGUUGAUGAUGUUGUUCUCCCCACAGUAGUGUGGAAGUGCGUGUCGUUGCAGGAUUAGUUUUUUCGCAUGAGUUGGCUUGUUCUGAUAACGUUGUAUCAAUGUGAAUUUGAGGACGUUGACAUCGGAAUGCAGACAAGAAGGCUGACAAGCGAACAAUACUGCAACGCGUUCUUCUUCUACGUCAAUCGGUUUGUUCACUUUGAUACCCCGGGGUGGGACCCCUCAGUCCCUGGUACGCCUGCUGCGGCGUCGACGCCCAGCUCUGGAGUGAAGGGCCCCCCGCGGGGCGGCCGCCGGGUCACCCCGAGAGUACCGUCGGGAGCAACAUUGGGGCUGCAGAAGGCGCAGAACCACCCCGGGCGGCGGAAGUCAUAAAUCUCCUGGCGAGCAGUGGAGGACGACCUGGGCCGACUGCGACGGAAGGACCUACUUUUGUCGCAGCUCCUGCCGCAGGAGUACCAGCAUCGUCUUCGUCCGCCGGGGCCUCGGUGGACCAGAGUGUUUUUAGCCCCGGCAGCAGCACGAGAACAUCUUCACGCAGCGCACGGAUAGCAGAAGGGCCCGUUCUAUCCUCAGGAAAAACGUCCCCACACCAGAGUCAAGAUGGGAAAUCUGCUAGACAAAUCAGCCAGCUUUCGCUGUUUCGCAUGACAGGUUUACUCUCAUAGUGUAGUCCUGUCUCGCUAGUUCAGCAGCGUCACAGAUCUAGCAUAUCAUGCUGAUUCUAGCAUCACAAACUCCAAAACACAAAUAGAAAAUGCUUCUCUCAUGGGGCGCCGCAUGGGAAACUUUUUUGGCAUGCAGAUUUGCAUGACAACUCUGGGAGGGGGACGUUUUUCCGCAGGAUGCGUUCGUGUUGAAGAUCGCGUCGAGAAUGGAGGUGAUGACCCAUUGCCUAUCAAAUGUAAAAAUAUCUGGGUCUGGAAAAAUGCAACCUGUCAUGCUAAAUCUGAAGCGUGCAAAAAUCUGUGUUGCAUGAUUACCAAAAGUCGUCCAGUUUUGACCAAGUCGGGAGGGAGUUUCUCAUGCAGGAUAGGCAUGAGAGAGAGCGCACAGAAUCUGUCAUGCCGGGUCCUGCAUGCCAGGCCUCAUGGGUCAUGGAAAACCUGCAUCACAAAUGUUGCAUUCUUCCAGACCCAGACACUUUUGCAUUUGAUAUUGCCAGCACGGCCAGAACAGGAGUACACCGCGCUAUCUAUCCCCGAGAAAAAAGCAGACAGGGCAUACUUGCAAUGCAAUGAGAAAUUAUGAUUAACAGCAAAAUGAAAAUCUGUCAUGGGCGACCCCGUCACUCCCCAUAGCAUCGUGUUUAAGACAUGCCAUACAGAUUUUUUCGUCUAUUCAUUUUUGCAUAUUAUACAAAUAUGCCCUGCCGGUCUUUUUCUGUGGGAUACUAUCAUCUGCUGGAAUUGCGGGUGAGGAAUCUACUUCGGUUGGCACGACCUCGACGAAGUCGUCCGAUUCGCGAAAGCUGGAGCCGAACGAUGAAAACGAAAAACAAGACACGGCUGCUCAAGACGGUGAUCGUCAAGAUUCGUCAAGAGAUGAACGGCAAAGCCGCAGGAGAGACGAGCAGGACAUAGAAAUCGCUCAGGUGUUGCAAUGUCGACCGUAGUUGUACUCCGUAGUUUUCAGAGACUACAUCAAGGUCAUGAUCUCGACUGUAGAAGUAACCCCACAGGUAAUGUUAAGAUACGCAUGACAAGUUCAUCUUUUGAGAUUCUUAAACUGGACAUGGAUCUUCAAGGGAAACUUGUGUUAAGUUUGUGAAAGCGGCAGGGGGGGAGAUUUGGAUAUUCCUCAUACUUUUCACGCAAAACAAAAGACUCCGGCCCUCAUAAUUGCAGCAUGCUAUUGCAGCACCUGAGCGGGCUAUAUGACGCAUCUUUUUCAAGCCAGAGGUCCGCCUUUUCGUCAUCGGGGGCGGAAUUGCAAGACGUAGAACGACAGCGGGUUGUGACGCCGCAGUCAGAGCAAGCACUGGAACCGCUGCCGCAGCCGAAUCAUAUGCCAGGAAAAAUAUGUAGUUUCAGUCUCAACGAAUAACCUUUGCAGAGGACUCAGCAACACAAAUACGGUCAGCACGGAACACAGAAUCUGUCAUGCGUGAGACACAAGGGACGGAUAGGGAAAGCAUGUAAUAUGUAGUGAGGUCACCGAACGGUUCUAACCGGGGAGUUUUUUUGACAGCUCCCGUGAAAAACGACCGGCAGUUUUCAAGCGGCCGGAAGGCUUUUUUGACAUAAAAAAUUUUCAAUUAUCAAGCGGCCGGGGCUUUGUUGUCAAACAAGCCCGGUCGAAAGCUAUCGAUUCGCACUGGAUAAAACGACGCAGGGGAGCCGGCAAAAGGGGCGCCCUUCUGAGGCGCCCGCCGCCUUAGUUUCUGGCGAUUUGGGGCGCCCAAAAAGGGGCGCGCAAAAAACGCGCCCAAAAUCAGAACAGCGAAACAGCAUGGCACGGCCGCGAUUUCGGAGCAUUUUGGGCGGCCGCGAAAGCGGCCGCCUUUUCGCCGUUUUCAGAGCCUGGGAAGCUUUGCAAAACGCGCUGGCGAGAAAUAUAAAAACGAAAAAAAGAAAAAGCGCGCCAGACGCGCAAAGCCAAUCCGCAUGCUAUGGGCCCGAUUUUUCGUCGCUUUUUGGGCGCCCCCCGUGGCGCCCGGAUCGGCCUCAUAGCAUGGGGGCUGGCUUUCGGAAAGGAAUUUCGGAAAUUUGCCAAAAUUUGCGACGCUUAUCAGGCGGCCGCCAUACCGUGGGGCCUAACGUUACUCACGGCGGUACGGCGGGCCCAGAAAAAUCAAAGCCGCGACCAAGGCGGCGACCGGCAAGAAAACGCCCACGACCUCACUACCUCCGCCCCGGCGGCUAUAUUUGGUACAGAAGGCGCGUCCUCUCUCACCCGGCGAGCAUGGCAGUAUCGUGUUGAGACUGCGUACACAGUUUUUUUUUGCGACACAUGAAGCACCGUUUUCCACAUCUGCAGUGGGAGAGACAAGGGCGUAUCCAGUGUUAUAAAAACUGUGUUGGUGUAGGUCUCUUGGGCUACUGAACACCAUCAGUCACAAAUUCGCUCUGCAUAAAAAGAAAAAAGACGCGUCAUGCACAGGUAGUACAGCGGAUUUAAUUUUCCGUGAGAAGACGCUAUCAAGGUUGUAGUAUUCCCUCCACCGUAGCUGUACAAGUACAUAUUUUCUGCAUCUCAGACUUGAUGCACCAAUGUAGGUGUUAUUUUCUUCUUCGAUAGGGGGCUAAGCAGGCUAACAGACAGGGCAGAGAGGACCGCGGCGCCCGCAGAGGUUGAGCACACCCUGCCACGCACCACAGCUGUAGUAGCCGCCUCGGGUGCAGCCCAGCAGCGACCACCUGCGCAAUUUACAGUGGGAGGAGCCGACCGAGCCACAGACGAUGCUGUUGGACCGGAGAUGACAAGAACGUUAACGACGGCCAGUCCGACAGUCCAGUCCGACAGUCGGAGAGCAUCUCGUGUGACAGAUGUUGUCCUUCCAAGCGGAGCUGAAUUACGAACUGAGACCGACGUAUGCGAGUGCACAGCUCCUCUCUUCGUUCUCAUUUACUCCCAUCAUGCAAGAAAUCAUAAACACCGAUGCGAUUGCUCCACCCCUUGCAUGAUUUUGCCAGUCUUGUUUCACGCAUGAAAAUUUCAUCUCGGAUCCCAAGCAGCACCACAAUCUCACUCUGCGUGCAGACGUGUCGUGCGAGGGAAGCUCGUGCUGUCCUUUUGCUGGUGUUGCUGUAGAAGAUCAUGCCACGCAAAUGGGGGGGAGGGGGGGCUGUGCACUCUCAAACAACAUCAAGAGCGGCAGCCAGAGCAGUUGGCUGCUGUAUCUGCUUAUGGAUUGCAAUUUAGUGUCUGGGACUGAGUCUAAAAGGUUGCGACUUGUGGUGCUGCAUUUGAAUUCGAUACAGAUCAUCUGUAUUGCAACCUCACGGGUCAUCCAAAAUAUGCUUGUGAAUGAUAGGCAAACGUUGCAUUAUUUUUCCAGACCAAGACAUAUUUUCAUUCGCACUGGAUACCGCUCGACAGCCUGUUGAAAACGGCGUUUGACGACGAGAAGCACCAGCAGACGUCCUUGCAAAGUCGAAAAAUGGGCGAGAAAGUAACAUCUUCAGGUGUAAGGAUAGAAGGCUCAGCGCUCCUCGCUACAACGGGGUCGACCUCCAAGACAGGUCGUGGCAGAACAUCGACGUCUUCCGGAACGACCAUAGCCGAAGAUUCUGAUUCCUCGUCGGAGUCGCUGCUAGCCGAGAUAUCAUGGUGGACAACCCCCCCCUCUCCCCCUCGUCUCCCUCAUUUAUUUAUAAUAGGGCAUGAUGUCUACGUCUAGCAACACAAACAAGCUACUAACACAAACAACCGGCAAAGUGCAUUUUUUGCAUGGCAAAGUCACCUCCGCGCGCGAACUAUAGAGAGUGCAGUUUGCGAUUGCGCUUCCAGAACUUCUCAUGCAAAUUAAUUGAGCAAACUUAUUACAUACAUGCACUUAGACAGACUCAGACAGGAAGAUUCGGCAUGUUGCAGAGCAAGAAACAUGUGGGGGAGUGGGAGUUGUGCCCUUGCACACAAGAAGCCGCCCUCAGAACUUGAGGUGGACGACCCCGUUGAUGUGGCGGAGUCGCGAUUCUACUUGAAGUUCAUGUGCACGCUCGGAGCUUUCGUGCUCGUCAUGGAGAUCCUGACCGCGUUCAGCAACCCGGGAAUCGUUAUGCCUCGCAACUGCUCGUGUCUGGGUCUGGAACUACACUGCAAGAAUAAACUUCUCGACAUUCAUAAUUAUUCCAAGAUUCGACCUGAUCGACAUUGUUCUAGACCCGGACAUUAUCCAAGAAAAAAACAUUGUAGGUGUAUACUUCUUUGGAGGAACAGCAUUACAAAUUUGUUUGGCAUGACAGCAAAAACCUGUCAUGCGCAGAUAGUACGUGAAAACGCCCUUUAACAGACCCUACGAUGCAUGCCAAGCAUGACAGACGCAAUCACUUUGCAUGUUGCGCAUCACAAACUUACAGUAACAGCGUUUUUUUCUUGGAUAGACAUCACAUUUGCAGAGGAUAACCCUGCCGCGCGCACCAAGGUCCGAGCGCCGCGGGCGACAGCUCUAUCACCUGAAAAAUUUUCGCUAAAGCGAUGCCAUAUCUUAUGUUUAUGGUCAUGCAUGAGCAAGUGGACUAGCCUGAGACAUAAAGUUGUUCCACCAGCGCCAAGGGUCGGAGAUGAAACACUUUUAUCUUGGGUCAGGGUACUAUACCUAAGAAUGACAAAAAAUUUGGCUACUUAUCGCAUGCAAGAUGACGAGACAAAAGUUUUCCUGGUUGAUACACUGCCGCCAAGGCUGAUGCUAGUCCGGGGGUGCGUGGUGAAGCAGAAAUGGUGUCCGACUUGCGACAUUUUCCGCCCGCCGCGGUCCAAGCACUUAUGAGAAUGCACAAGUUCGUCUUCCCCACCUCCUGUCAUGUUGGAAGGCUGACAGCAGGGCUUCCCUAAGGAAAUUAAUCCUCCUCAUGUGUCAUGCAAAAGCCCACAUCCUCCAGAUCCAAUGCUGUGCUCGCCUCUUGGCACUUUUUUUACACACGAAACCUUUCGCAAGUCCAAAGUCAAACAGGACUACAUUUGAAGCGUAGAGCUGUUUUCAUAAAAAGAGUGAAUUAUCAUGAUUGCUGUUGCUUGUGAUUGUGGAUGUCAUUUUGAUGCUUGAUAUGGUGCUGAUGACGGCAAAUGACGGGGAGCGGAAGUUGUUCACUCUCAUAGCAGUGUGCGUACUGCGACAACUGCGUCCUGCGCUUCGACCACCACUGUAAGUCUAUCUAUGGAUGACGAUAUGUCUAUGCUGGUGUUUCCGUUUAUCUAUAGAAAAGAACAGAAUUUUUUUGUCGCAGACGAUAGCUACACCUGCCAGGCUGAAUGUGAGUCGUAGGCUAGUUUCAUAAGUGGUUUCACUUCAUAUCUGCGCAUGACAAGUUUUUUGCUGUCAUACCAAUCUGAUUUGUAAGGCUUUUCUUCCAAAAAAAGGAUGAUGUUUGUGAUUCGCGUUUUGUGGCGAGAUUUCUUCUCUGCUGCGAAACUUGCUUUGCAACUCGCAAUACCUAUGACCCAGAAAGUCGCAAAAAGGAUUCAACAAUUUGUCAUGCUUUUUUGCCCUACCCCUAUAGAAACAUCUCACGCGACACUCAGCAACAAGGCAAAAAAUCAACUACAUGCUACUUUCAGACCCAGACUUAUUUGCAGUGGUGGAUCUAUAGACCCGUUGAUGUGCGUUUGUAGCAAUUUGAUUCACGUGUUCGUUGUAUGUUGCGCUGUCAUGAGAGAGCAGAAGUAAUAUGAUUUAUCUCCUGCUUCCACCUCAGGUACUUGGCUCGGGAACUGCAUUGGGCUCUUCAACUAUCGCUUCUAUCUUAUCGCACGAAAAAACUUUACUUCCACUGUAAGAACGACUUGGCAGCGUUUGCAUCAUAAUUUUACCCUACAUGCCGAAUAAAGAAUUACCCUGCGCUUUUGCUGAGGGAAAACACACCGACGAAUCGAUCCACUGUUUUGGACCAGAGGGUCCCAAGAAAACUAGACGUGACUGGUGAGUUCAUGCUCACGUCCGGCCGGACGGGCGACACGCGACCACGGGUGGCGGCCGGCUUGCUGAAAAAGUAGAUGAGGCGCGUCUGUAGCUCCUGCACGCUCUGCAGCGAAAGAUGCGCCCGUCGCCCGCGUAGCCGGCCUCCCCGUUGACAUACACCGCCCCCGGGCGGGAAUGAGGCUACUUACAACAUGCUGCUUCAAUGAGCGUUUACACCACGACGCGCCGCUUGCGUUAGCAUGCGUAGCUGCGGUGGUCCGUGCCCGGCGCCCGACGCCCGCACCGGACUAAGAAGAAAAAAUAGGUCCCAACAAGCUCCUGACCAUGCACUCAGGUCCUGCGUUCGGCCACAACUUUUUGAAACAAAGCUCGGAAACAAGGCUGCGACCUGCCCCCGGGCACCUGCCGUCCGUGACCUUCCCGGUCACGUCUAGGCCCUUUGUUAUAUUGCCAGGCAUGUCGAGCAACAGAGCAGACACUGCGUUGCACAAGUUUACUGUUUACUUAUAGUACAUGACAAUAGUGAAGACGUUCAAGAAGUAGUUUUUGUUUGCGAUAGAUCUGGUGUUGAUUUAUUCCACCACGUUGCUGCUCUCCCUGGUGCUCGUAUCCGCGGUAUCAAAAGGAAAAAUCCCCCCACCCCAUAUCAAAAAGGAGUUUCUGAUGCUGGAUUUCAGUACACAAACCAGAUUUGUCUUGCAGUAGAGUACUGCAGGCCCAUAUCAUGCCAAUGUAGCGAGGUUUUGGCCUAGGCACUUAGCAUGCGGAACGUCUCCGCUGUAGGCCCAACAGCAUUACAAACCGCCUGCAUAAUGGGGCGGAGCCUCUGCCGUUGCUUUCUUGCAAGACAGACAAUAUCUGUGGUCACAAAUCAGCAUCACAAAUUCUCUGAGGCGUUCCUUUUCGAUAUGGGGAGGGGGGACUUUUCCCUUGAAUACGCGGCCCACGUGAUCACGCAGUCUGCACGGACAAAAAGCUUCCUCGAGUGUGUGAUACCAAUUGUAAAAAUGUCUGGGUCCUCUGGAAAUUUGUGAUGCUGGGUGGCGUCUCAUGAUGAGGCUACAGAUGCUGGCUCAGCAUGACAAGUUUCUGAGCUCCUAGGUGUUGCCUAUUCUGCAUGACGAACUGCGCUUCUGCAUCACAGAAAAGCGGAGCUCUUGGGUAACGUGCAUGACAGAUUUAAGGGUCAUGCCAGACAAGGAAGCAUGACAAACAUGAAUUCUUCCAGACCCAGACAUUUUUACAUUUGAUAUGUGACCAAUCUAGACAACUUGACGCUCUACCUGUUCUACCUGUUUUGUCUCGUGGCGUGGUGCGGAGUUGCCCUCUUGGCCUUGUACCACAGCGGCAUCACGUUGUACAACCUCACGACCAGCGAGCACGUCAAAAAUGUGGACAAAGUGAAUCCGUUCGACAUGGGUACAACUACUCAAUAAUCUUUUGCAAAAUGAGUUAUGACCAUGGUCUCGGUCGUCCGUGAGAAAAAGAAAUCCAGCCGGGCACUAACCGCUUCUUGAUUUUGUCAUGCGGAUUUUCAUUUUGAGAUUGAGUUUCGAUUGUAUAAUUUCCAUUCACAGCAUUGGCAUUGCUCUUGUUGAUUGCCAAGAAGUAAGUACAACUUUGUACUACCUUGAAGGCACGUGAUAAAAACAGGAUGGGAGCGCAACGCGAAACACGUGUGGUGCAGUAUCACACAGCACAAAAAUUAUCGCAAGAAAAAACUGUUUCACUGUGAACUUGUGAUGCAGAAAAUGGACUGCAGAAGUGUGUGUCAUGCUACACAUGCAAGACAAUGGAUUUCUAGCUGUGUUUUCCCUUAGGAACCCCGAAUGACAGAUUUUUAGUGUCAUGCGUAAAACAAACUUGUGAUGCAGAUUUUGCAGAAUCACCACAGUGAAACAGUUUUUUCGUGGGAUAAAAAUGCAUCACAUUGUAGUACGGCGCUUUUGUAAGUGCAAUAAAAAUGAUGAUUAGGGCACCAAGCAGCCAAAUAGGUAGAGGAAACCACUACACAUGUGAAGAACAGUGUCUCUCUCAUUGGAGGGCCGGUAGAUGCAUACUGCUUCCUUGAGCAGAGCAAGUGCCUGAGCAGGACAAACCUUUCUAGUGCAUUUAAUUAGUAGUUUAUAGGUGUUGCAGAUCAGCAACGAAAUCUAUGCCUGCGCACCACCAGUCUGUUCGUGUGCUGGCUGGUUUGUUAUGUGUGAUAUGCACACCGGAAACGCUAAUCUCCGAAGGUGAGCACGUGGAUCUCGUCUACGAGGGCAUACAGGAUGAGGAGCACGAAACUGUCAGUCUGGACUGACAUCGCGUCGCAGUGGAACAAAACGCAGCAUUGGGUGCAGUAACCCUGCUUAUGAUGCGGUGUGUGAAGCCGAAACAUGAAGUCAUUGUGUAUCAAGAUCAUGAUCAACAUCAUCAGUGCAAACGAUGAACACGGAGAAUGAAUAAAUCCCGCACAGAGAGUGGAUAUUUUUGAUCUUAGAAAAAUUGCUUUCAGUGGCACAUUAUCCACUGCAGAUUAUAUAUACGCCUGGGUCCUCUGGCGGCUUGUCAUGCUGGAAACUUGUAGAUUCUGAAACGCUUUGAAUUUGUGAGGUCAAGCAUCAGUCAGAAACUGUUGGAAUUCCUUAGCAUAAAAAUUGCGUAGCCUGCAUGAGAAACUGCGUUUUAUUUGCGUGACAAGUAACAAGGAUCUUCUUGUGCAUUUGUUGGUCCUCUUGCGAAUACAGAUUUUAGUAUAAGAAAGGGAAUUUUUAUGUUAAACGAAAAAGCGUUUAGCGACCCAGAUCGAUAGAAUUUGCAAUGCAUAAACAGCCCCAGCAGAUGAUACCAGCAGAAGUUAGUAGCAGCGGACGGAGUCGCGCCACAGUUCUUUCAGUGAUGACAUGGUAUGUAAUACGCAGAACAAGUUUAU